AAAUUUUGUAUUUCUCUUGUAAAGCGGUUUUUAAAGAUAACAGCACUAUCCACCCUUCGUUGACAUACGACGGAAUAAUCAAACAUGAUUGUAGAUUAUGUUAGUGUCCCUUAAAUCGAGUGUGUAUUAGAAUAUUAUUAUUAGUACACGUAUAUUCGCAAAUAUAUUUUUACGAUUACGAUAUUUCUCAUUUACAUAUAGGAAAUGGCAUCGACACGAGUAAUCAAUUACAUUUUAUACAAAAGAUUCGUAGCAGCCUCUAAUUUGAAAAAUGUGUGCAUUUUUUCUAAUUUUAAUGUGAAUUUUAAUUUUCGACAAAAUGCAUUAUAUUGUACCAACAAACCAGUAAUUAAAUCAGAUUCUAUCGAACAGAAGAAUAAAGUACAAGUUGGAUUUGCAGAUGUAGUUAAAGAAAAUACAAAAUUUGUUGGAUACCUAGGUGUAAUAAUUGGCGGUGUAGGAAUCACGGCUUUCAUGUUUUAUAUAAUUUUUGAUGAAUUAUUUUCUAGCAAGAGUUCAAAUAGCGUGUACAAUAAAGCGUUAGAUCGUUGUAUCAAGCAUCCUAAAGUAAUAGAUGCACUUGGAGAACCAAUAAAAGCAUAUGGACAAGAAACUAGACGCGGACAUAGGAAUCACAUAAACUAUGUUGUAUUUAUGAAGGACGGAGUACAACAUAUGACAAUGAAAUUUUACAUUCAAGGAAUAAGAAGACGCGGUAUUGUAAACGUAGAAGUGCAAGAAGAUGAAUCUGGUAAAUAUGUGUAUAGAUAUCUAUACGUAAUUGUUGACGAUAUAUUGCAAACUAUUAAAAUAGAAGAUAACAGAUAACCAGCUAACAACCAUGAAAUAAAAACGAUGGGAUUCGAAAGAAGGAUUCAUUUAUCAAACUAGUAGGCUACGAAAUAUAUUUACACACGUUACGAUUAAUUUCUAAGAAAUAAGCGAGUAACGAUAUUUGCCAUUAAUAGACGUGACAUUCAAGAAAUUCAA